AUGAAGCACCAACCAUCCUCCCCCACACCCCGAUACCUGUCCAGCGGUCCCGCGAAGAUCCCAACGAGGACGGUCCACAAAAUCCAGACGGCUCGCCGGUAUCCGGCCGAGUCUACCCGGCGACCCUUUCGCGACACCGAUGCAACACAGGGACACCAUGGAUCGAGGAGCAAGGAGAUUGGAGAGAGAUGA